AUAGCAAGUUAAUGGCUAGGCUCAUGUCUAUCUUAACAUGCUUCUUUCUUGGUUUAAUCCCUUAUGCAUCUUCAGUUUCCUUCAAUUUCACAAAUAUUACACUAAAAAAUUCCCAGGAUAUAACAAUUUCAGGUAAUGGAGCGGUUAUCUCUGAUGAUGGAAUCCAAGUGGCCUCCACCUUGAUCGACUUAAUAGGUCGAGCAACAUACAUCGAACCUCUUCAUCUUUGGGACAACGACUCUACUGAACUAGCCAGCUUCUCUACCAGUUUCACAUUUGUAAUCAAUUCAUACCACACGAAAAUUUACGCUGAUGGUCUCACAUUUUUCCUUGCACAGAUUAACGCUGACUUCUAUUAUGGAGGAUCCAUUGGGCUUCCGUUAGAUUUUCGAACCAACACAAGUAAAUAUCAAUUUGUGGCUGUGGAGUUUGAUACUUAUCGUAACGCGUGGGAUCCAAUAGACCUUGAUGCAAAUACAUUCGUAGGCGACCAUGUAGGUAUCGAUAUUAACUCUAUUACUUCUGUUGCAUAUCGGAAAUGGUUUAGCAAUAUAACAUAUGGGAAAGAGUAUAGAGCUUUAAUAAAUUAUUAUGCGGAUUCAAAAAAUCUUAGUGUUUCCUUCACGAAUUAUAAAAAUAACUUACCUGUAUGGGAAACUGGCCUUAAUUACACGGUUGAUCUAAGGAAAGAGUUGCCCGAAUGGGUAACUUUUGGGUUUUCAGCUUCCACUGGAACCUACUUUGAGAAAGUUAUUGUAAGAUCUUGGACGUUUAAUAGUACUAAAAUUAAGGUAAGCCCGAAAACAAACGAUCAAAGUAGCAACCUACCACCUAUUGUGAAAGGGAAAGACAAUACAACGCUUAAAGUAGUAUUAAUAGCUGAAACGUUGGUUCUAGUUAUUGUUUUGGCUAUACUUGCUUAUUUUCUAUGCUGGAGGAAAAAAUAUGAUGGUGAUAAAGAGGAGGAAGUUGGGCUUGCUUGGGAGAUGAGUAGUGAGUUAGAAAUGAGGGUCACUAUGCCUAGAAGAUUUUCUUACCAUGAAUUAGCUCAGUCAACUGCUGACUUCGCAGAGACAAAAAAGUUUGGAGAGGGCGGUUUUGGAGGAGUUUACAAAGGUUUUCUGAAAGAUUUAAGUAUGUAUGUCGCAGUCAAAAGGGUGUCGAAGACUUCCAAACAGGGAAUCAAAGAGUAUGCUGCAGAAGUAAGGAUCAUUAGCCGAUUGAGGCACAAAAAUUUGGUGCAACUCAUUGGUUGGUGCCAUGACAAAGGAGAACUCCUUCUUGCAUAUGAAUUUAUGGAAAACGGAAGCUUAGAUUUACAUCUCUUCAAAGGAAAGAGCAUGUUGACAUGGAAUACAAGGUACAAAAUUGCCCUUGAUCUGGCUUCUGCUUUACUAUAUUUACAUGAAGAAUGGGAGCAAUGUGUUUUGCAUAGAGAUAUCAAAUCGAGUAAUGUGAUGUUGGACUCAAAUUUCAAUGCAAAGCUUGGUGAUUUUGGGCUAGCUAAGUUAGUUGACCAUGAGAAAGGAACGCAAACAACGACGUUGGCGGGAACCUUUGGUUAUAUGGCCCCUGAAUGUGCAGGAACCGGGAAAUCAACCAAGGAAUCAGAUGUUUAUAGCUUCGGAGUUGUUGCAUUGGAAAUAGCUUGUGGGCAAAAACCCAUCAAGGACAAGGAUGAAGAAACUCUUAUACGAUUAGUAGAUUGGGUUUGGGAUCUCUAUGGAACUGGGACUCUUUUAGAAGCAGUUGAUCCAUGUCUAGAGUCAAACUUUGAAGAAGAAGAAAUUAAGCGUUUAAUGAUCGUUGGGUUAUGGUGCUCGCACCCAGACGCUGAACUUCGCCCAUCAAUACGACAAGCCAUUAAGGUACUGAACUCUGAAGCUUCCCUGCCUUUACUACCCUCAAAGAUACCGGUGGCAUCUUAUACGGGUUUCUCUAAUAUUGGCCAAUACGGAUUAUCAAGUGGUAUCCUUUAAUUCUAAACUAUCAAAGCAAACAACAUCGUCCACAAACUAUCUUCUUUCCCAUCUAUAUCAUCGCAACAUCUAAUGCCAUUAAAUGUCUAGAUCGUUAGAGGUUUAAUGCGUUUAUGAUUUAUUGAUAAUGUCUUUUUAUAAUAAACAACGAAUUUCGAUUA